AUCCGCCAAAUUCUCAAGAGGUUUCCGAUUCGACUGGCUGUGAUGGAGGAUACUGGAGUUGAUAUGAGCAGUUCGGAUAUUGAAAUUGAUGAGAUAAGAGGUGAGGGAUUAAUAGAGGAGAAAGAUGUGAGUGAUGAAGAUAUUGAUGAAGAGGAAUUGAAGAAGAGAAUGUGGAAGGAUCGUGUGAGGCUGAAGAGGAUCUUGGAAAGACAGAAGCAUAAGGCUGUAUCCUCGACUAAUCGGAAGAAGAUGGCGCGAGCACAAGGUGGCAUCUCAAAGUACAUGCUCAAGCUCAUGGUUGUCUGCAAGGCUCGCGGCUUUGUGUAUGGCAUCAUCCCGGAGAAGGGUAAGCCCGUUAGUGGCGCAUCGGAUAACAUACGAGAAUGGUGGAAAGAGAAAGUCAAGUUCGACGAAAAUGGCCCUGCGGCUAUUGCCAAGUAUGAGGCCGAAUGCCUCUCUUCGCAGUGUGCCCUUCAAGACUUGCAAGAUGCUACGUUGGGGUCACUUCUGUCGUCGCUGAUGCAACACUGUGAUCCGCCUCAGCGGAAGUAUCCGUUGGAGAAGGGCGUUCCGCCACCAUGGUGGCCGACAGGGGAUGAGGAAUGGUGGACGAGACUGAGUUUACCAAAGGGCGUGUCUCCUCCGUAUAAAAAGCCACAAGAUCUGAAGAAGAUGUGGAAAGUUGGGGUGCUAACUGCUGUGAUAAAGCAUAUGUCACCGGAUAUUGCAAAGGUUAGGAGACUAAUUAGGCAGUCAAAGUGUUUACACGAUAAGAUCACUACUAAAGAGAGCUCGAUAUUGUUGGGAGUUGCGAGCAUGGAGGAAGCUCUUAUUUCGCAGCCAAGCAGCUGAGAAUGGUUCAUCUGGUAUUGGAUCUGUUUCAUCUAAAGAUGAUGGGAAUCGGUGUAUGGGGUUGGUAGUCGCAAGUAGGGGU